AUACAGGUAGUUGUGAAGAACAUCUUUACGUAGACAGCCACAGACGUCCACACAACCUGGGAGUGGCACAUUAUUUUGAGAAGCACUGUUGGAGUUGUGACAUACAUGGAACCAAAAAAGCAGGUGAGUGCUGGGUGAAGAAUAAUGGCACACGUUGGGGCAGUAGUUGCAACAAUGGCUGGUGUGAUGGCCAUUCUGCUUCAUUCUUCCAUACACAAGAUUGAGGAAGGACAUUUAGCAGUUUAUUACAGAGGAGGAGCUUUGCUGACCAAUCCUAAUGGCCCAGGUUACCAUAUAAUGCUCCCUUUCAUCACUUCAUACAGAUCAGUGCAGACAACUUUGCAAACGGAUGAAAUAAAAAAUGUGCCUUGUGGAACCAGUGGGGGUGUCAUGAUCUAUUUUGACAGAAUUGAAGUGGUCAACAUGCUGGUUCAAUCAGCAGUGGUGGACAUAGUAAAGAACUACACUGCAGAUUAUGACAAGACUCUAAUCUUCAACAAAAUUCACCAUGAGUUGAAUCAGUUCUGCAGUGUGCACACACUACAGGAAGUCUACAUAGAGCUGUUCGACAUAAUUGAUGAGAACUUAAAGACUGCUUUGCAGAAAGACUUGAAUGCCAUGGCUCCUGGUCUCACUAUUCAGGCUGUGCGGGUCACCAAACCUAAAAUUCCUGAGGCAAUCAGAAGAAACUACGAGCUGAUGGAAGCAGAGAAAACCAGACUGCUCAUCACUGUUCAGACGCAGAAAGUGGUGGAGAAAGAGGCUGAAACUGAGAGGAAGAAAGCUAUUAUUGAGGCUCAGAAAAUGGCUCAGGUGGCAGAGAUCCACUUCCAACAAAAAGUAAUGGAGAAGGAAACCGAGAAGAAGAUCUCUGAAAUAGAAGAUGCUGCUUUCCUGGCAAGGGAGAGGGCAAGAGCGGAUGCUGAAUAUUACACUGCUGGAAAGUUUGCUGAAGCCAACAGGCUGAAGCUCACACCGGAGUAUCUGCAGCUGAUGAAAUAUCAGGCUAUUGCAGCAAACAGCAAGAUCUACUUUGGUCAGGACAUCCCCAACAUGUUUGUAGACAACAGCGCCUCUCAUCCAUCCACGAGCCAGGGUGUGGCAGAUUCAAUAGACCAGCUGGAGUCUUUGAGUAUGAAAGAGAGUCUUAAAAAAGUAUCCAAGUCCAAACCCUCAGAAGGCCACUGAGGUUCCGGAGAGCUGCCCUCCCUCUCUCUCCCCUGCCCUCUUUCUCCUUCUCUCUCUUUUUGGGGCAUGGAUUUUUGUGUGGCAUGCUGACAUGGAUACUUUUCACUCUUGUACUGCUGUGGGGUUAGGUGCUUGGUUAACUGUGCUAUGAGUCAGUCAGCUGAGAAUUGGAAACUGUGGUUUACCAGCAGUUAUUUUUGGACUGAAAAAAUAAAUGUCUUAAGAUGAAGCUAAAGUUUUCAAGAACUGUCUCAGUCUGUUCUACCAAAUAUUGCCAGAUUUAAUUAUUGUGAUCCAAAUCUUUUAUCCCCUCCAAUGUCCCUGACUCACAUAAGCAUACUUUUCCUUUUUUUCUUUGCUCUAAACUUUUGCUUACCUUUUCCAAAUCCAUACUUAAUAUUUGUUUGAUGCUGGCUGUUGCAGUUAUGUGACCAUUUAGAGGUUUACCUUGAUAUGUUGUCUUUUGAAAUAACUGGAAUUAUAAGGCAUCACACUAAUUGAGAUCAAAGGCAAUGGCUAAUGCAGCUACAGUCUGAGGAGAUUCAUUUUGUAGUAUACAUUUGUCAUCUCCUUUAAUAUAUCUUUGAAGAGUUGCAGAUGCAAUUCCUCACUUUUAAGGUCACUAACUUCUUUAUAGAUAAAACCUUCAAUUAGUUCAGCCACAGCUGCAGAGAUCAGUGGCUUUUACAUAAGAAUUAUCUUGUUUUAAAACUCAAACGCACUCAUUGAAAUUUCCCUGCUUGAUUUGUGAUUAAUAAUCUUUCUACUAAAAUGAAACCCAAAUUUCCCUGUGUGAAUUUAGUUUUAUGUAAUGUCAAAUAUAGUGGGUUUGGUAUAGUAUUUUGUAGCUUGUUAGUUUGUGGGUGGCCUGUGGAUGUUGAUUUGAAGUGUUGAUUCGUAGGAGAUUUCAUGCACUGGGUAUGGGGCUGUCAUAAAGUUAGAUGUUUGGUUUUCGAAAGGUUCUAGAACCAGAACUCGAGCCUUUGAAAAGAUAUGAGAUGGAUGUUACAGCUGAUAGAAAAACAUGGUCUGCUCCUGAAUGCCUGUAUGACUUUAGUUGAGCUUGGUUGUUUUGUCAUUACUGGAAGGAAUUGUACUUUAAAGGGAAUUUAAUUCAAAUAAGGGCUGCAGUUUUGUUUGGCACUAAAAAUAAAUAUACCAUUAUGAUGGGUGAAUGGAAAAUGGUUACACAUUUAAAAACUAUUCCGAUAACAUAUUGGUACUUGUUUGUAUCUAUUGUAUGUUUUUCUUGGUUGUCCAUAAAAUUGUCAUGUUGCCUCAAACGUUUCAUCAGUAUGUCACCUCUAGGGGAGGCAAGUGAUCUUCCGGAAAUAAAAGACUGGACAACAAAGAGCUAAAUGAGCCUCAUGUUCAAAAACAUAGUUUGAAUGGUUAAGGUUGCCACAAAAUGUGUCCACAUCUGCCUAAGUUGCAUUCACUUGCCAAUAAUUACAAUGCAUUUAAUCAAACCAUCCAAACCAGAUUUUGAAUGUGUAUAAUAGUGCUAUCUCUCAGGAAAGAGACCUCUGUAAAGUUAAUUGACUUGCUUUUUUGGUACCCUACAAUAAGCCUCAAACAACUUUAGACAACUCAGUCGGUUGUACAGUAGAGGGGAAAAAGAGACAACCAUUCAUGUAAUACAAUUAGUCUGACUUGUCCUACAAUGACCACAUUAUGAUCAGUUUGGUGGCUUCUCCCUUCUUUCUUCAAGUGUUUUCCUUCAUUGUGCAAGUUAAAUCUUAGAUGAAAAUCUCUGUCUAAUACAGAUCUUUCUGUUUGUAUGAUCCCUGUGAUUAAAUAAGAGGGAAUAGAACUUGACUGCCCUGUAAUAAACCAACUCUGUGAAUGUCACAUUUUGUAUGUCAGCAUAAUUUAAGCUCCUAAUUUUAAAACAUUUAUAUGCAAAAUUUAUAAAGUUUUGAAAAAGUUCAAUUCUGUAAAAUAAAACAUAUUUUUAUACCAUGGAAGUGUUUGUGCGUGCGUGUGUACGUGUGUACACAGGUUUGGGUGGUUUACGAGGAAAUCUUUUUAGGUUACAACCUUUUAAAUGAUGCUAUAAAUGUGAAAUUACAUUUAAAUGACAUUUAAUUCAAAUUGCUUAAAAAACAUACUAAAUGAUGUUUUUGAACAUAAAAUGCAGAACGGUUUUCACUUCUAUGGUUUUUAACGGGUUAGGUUUAAGGGUAGGGUUAGGGGAUAGAAUCUAUAGUUCAUAAAGUAAAAACAUCAUUAUGUCUAUGGAGAGUCUUCAUUAUGAUAGCUGCACCAAUGUGUGUCUGUGGGAAGCUAAUACAAUGUAAGAUAAUUUCCCUAUAUGGUCCUCCACGCUAAAAUUGUAUUUUGCAAAUAUGUGAUCAUAAUCCAUUUUCUUGUCUUGCACAAUAAGGAAGAUGACUUAUUGUCAUCAUGUAUUAAAAGGAAAUGUGCUGCCAGUCAUAGAUUGUGUAAUGAUAUUAAGGCAUCAGUUGUAACAAGAAUUGGCUUUUCUGAGAAAUACUUAAAAAAAAAUAAAAAAAAAUUUUU